CCCCCCAACUGCAAUCUGCAAUGCAUACACCAGUGGUCUAUGCUGUAGUAAACCUAGCCCACACUCGAGAGCCUAAACGUGACUCACCUCUGCCUCUUCCCCCAGAUGCCUGUCAGUGCCCAAGUUGGCAUCAGUGGGCUCUGAAACUCGGCUGUGCUGGGCUGAUCCUUCUUGUCUUGAGUGUGAUUGGGUUGAGUGUCUCAGUGCAAAUCUUGAUACAAAGGUCAUCGAUAGAAAAAAAUAGUGUGGUUGUUCAAGAAAACAUGACUGAAAUAACAGAGAGAACAGCUAUAUUAAAGUGCCCAACAGAUUGGGGUCUUUAUACAGAUAAAUGCUUAUUUUUUUCUCAAGCUUCCCAAACUUGGGAUAACAGUUCAAAUGACUGCUCUUCAAAAGAAGCCACUUUGCUGCUUAUUCAAGAUCAAGACGAACUGAGAUACAUACAGGACUUGGCAAAGAAAACAGAAAAAUUAUUUUGGAUUGGGCUAAAAGCUAUGGUGUCAAAAAGUACCUGGAAAUGGAUAAAUGACUCUAGUUUAAAUUCUCAUAUAUUACAAAUCACAGGUGAAGUGAAAGAAAACAGCUGUGCUCUCAUUUCAAAGACAAACGUGAUUUCUGAGAGCUGCUCUUCAGACAAUUCCUGGAUCUGCCAAAAGAAGCUAAAGCCUGUCUGAAAUCAAAAGCUUCGUGACUCCUGACUGCGGAUCCCACCUCGACCACUGCGCUUUCCUCACAGAUCUCUGCAUUUUCACUGUCUUACUUGGUCCUCCCAGUGCACGUUGAGUGUCACACAGCAUGAACUCUAAACCACUGUGACUCUUACAUCCAUGUCCAGUUUCUGUAUUCUGUGAAUGAGGACGCAGAUGCUGAUGGGCCAUUCUAAGAGAGGUGCUUGAUGGAAGGAAGCCCAGGCCAGCUGAGGGAACUGGAUUCUAACUCUGGAGUCCAUGUGGUCUUCACUGAUCUCUGUGCCUGAGAGCAUCUGCAGAAGAGCUGCAGCAAAGAUUUCCAAAGUCCUGGGCAUCACUCAUCAUCUGUUUUCCCCUGUGCCAUCACACAGUUGGUAGUAGAACAGGUCUGAGAGAAAUUCGAACUCCUCAGAACAGAUCAGGCUUCCUCUUGGUUAAACCUUGUCUCCCUUUUCUGAUGCCGUUCCAUCAUUAACUCUACUAUUUACCCUCAACUCCCUUCUCUCAAUAAUUUUACUUCAAAAUUAUUUCAAAACUCUGCAUGGACUUCCUGGCUUCCACUUGUGAUUAUUCCUUUAAUAACUAUUUUGAUUCAUAACCACAGAUAGGGCAUUCUUUAACCUCAGAUAGUAUCUGAGGCUUAUUUCUCUUUUGCUGUAACUACCCACUUACUGUUUACACCAAUGUAUUUAAAGUGUCUUGAUCUACGUCUUUUCUUUGUUCUGUUAUUAUAAAAACUUCAUGAAACUGUUAACAUGUUACAACACGGAAUUUGGGGUCAUCUAAAUCUGUGUUCCCAGCCAUAAUCACUCCUAUUUAGUUCCAAGACAAACUCUCUCGUCCCUUUGAGGCAAGAGUUAUGCUUUUGCAUCAACAAUACACACACACACACACACACACACACACACACACACACACAUUGGAAACUACGAGAGAAUGUAUGGUGUUUGUCUUUCUGAAUCUUGGUUACUUAGUAUAUUUUCUAGUUCUAUACAUUUUCCUGCAAACUUCAUAAUUUCAUUCUUCUUUAUGACUGAUUAUAUAUAUGUGCCACAUUCUUUAUCCAUUCAUCUGCUAAUGGGCAUGUAGACUGAUUCUGUUUCUUAGCUGUUGUGACUAGGGUAACAAUAAGCAUGGAUAUUCAAGUAUCCCCAGGUUAGGAUUCAAAGCCCAUUGAAUAAGAUCCCUAGGAGUGGCAUAGCUGAGCCAUGUGGUAGUUCUGUUUUUAGUUUCUUGAGGAACCUCCGCCCAGGUUUCCAUAGUGGCUACACCAGUUUACAUACCCACUAACAGUAAAGAAGUGUUCCUCUUUCUCUGCACUGUCUCCUGUAUUUGCCAUAAAAUUUUUUCUUAAUGAUAGUGUGAACAAAAAAUCUGAGAACAAAAUGUGCAUCUUCAAACCAAACCUUCUACAAGGGUCAUCAAUUAAUUAGAACUUCAGUGAUUAUGGAGAGUUUGGAAUGUUGCAGGUACAGAGCCUAAUUACCAUUUAUCUUGGGCUAUCUUUAGCCCCCUAAAUAGCCACUCCUUGCCUGACUCUGUUUCUGAGUUAAUAUUCUGUGACUAACAGAUAAAAACCUUUUGAGCCAGGCAUGGUGGUGCAUGACACUGAUCCAACACUUGGGAGACAGAGGCAGAAGAUCUCUGUGACGUAGAAGCAGGCCUGGUAUAUAUAACUCCAGGUUACAUAGUUCUAGUCCAAUGUGGACUACAGGGAGACCCUGUCUCAAAACACCAAAACAAAACAAAACAAAAUUUUUUGAA